CGGAAGCAGCAGCGGCCGCAGCUCGGGAGACAUGGCGGGCAUUAAAGCUCUUGUGGCAUUAUCUUUCAGUGGGGCCAUUGGGCUGACUUUUCUUAUGCUGGGAUGUGCCUUGGAAGAUUAUGGCGUUUACUGGCCCUUGUUCGUCCUGAUUUUCCACGCCAUCUCCCCCAUUCCCCAUUUCAUUGCCAAAAGAGUCACUUAUGACUCUGAUGCAACCAGUAGUGCCUGUCGGGAACUGGCAUAUUUCUUCACUACUGGAAUUGUUGUUUCUGCCUUUGGAUUUCCUGUUAUUCUUGCUCGUGUGGCUGUGAUCAAAUGGGGAGCCUGUGGCCUUGUGCUGGCAGGCAACGCAGUCAUUUUCCUUACAAUUCAAGGUUUUUUCCUUGUAUUUGGAAGAGGAGAUGAUUUUAGCUGGGAGCAGUGGUAGCACUUUAUUCUGAUAGAAUGCAUUGACUCUCUUAGAAUUCAUACUGUAUGUAUUAUGUGCACACAUGUGGCAUUUUACUAUGGAAUUGAAUAUGCUGUCUUUUUUAUAUCUAUAUAUCAUCUUCACUUUAAGGAAGACUUCAUGAGUAAAAGAUUAGUUUUAUUCCCAGCAAGUAGACAUCUUCUUUUUCUUAAGUUAAAUUAUGUUACUUGUUUGGCUGUUCAUAUAGUCAUGGUGCUCUCCGAAAAUAUAUUGAUGUAGUCUUGUAGACAACUGCUCACUUAUGCCGUGCAUCUAAGCCUUUUGCCUGGGGAUGUGUUUGGGUAGACAGAUUACCCUGGGGCAGGACUCUUAAGGCCCAGAAAGACAGAGGUGGCCCCCUCUGUGUGUUGUAGACCCUUGCUUCUCAAAGUGUGAUUCACUGACCAAGAGCAUCAAUAUCUCCUGGGGCUUAUUAGAAAUGCAGAAUCUGAAGCCCCACUCCAAACCCAGUGCAUUUUUAAUGAGAUCUCAAGUGAAUCCUAUGCACAUUAAUGUUCGGGAAGCAUUGUCCUUGUGGAAUAAACAUCACGCCUAGCUUCCUUGUCUUCCCCCUGACUGGACCACUUAACCUCUCUAGGUGUUACCUGCUUAUUUGUAAAAAAGUCUCACCUGCCCGCACAUUGAGGAUACGUUCAAACCUCUUUGGUGUUUGGCCUGUUCCUCAAACUUGUGAAAACCAUUCUUAGUAGGGCACAGAUAUGCCCUCACAUCACUGAAAGGCAGUGGCUGUUUUCACAGUGCUGGGGGCACAAGAUAAUCUAAGAGCCCCACUGGGAUGCAGGGGAGGGAGGCUGGGCUGGAACCAGUUCCUGCUUUAGCAGGAAGGGGGGAAGAAUUGACAGAUAAUACUUUGUAGUUUCCCUUGAUCCCCUGGCUCUUUUCCCCAGCUCUUUCCCUAUGCUGCCCCACCCCCACUCCUUAGCAGUUCUGAUUUGUACUUCUCCAUGGCUGUGGCUUCUCCUUCCUAAAAAGAUAGGGGAGCUGAGUAAGCAAGUAAAGGAUGAACUGCUUUAUUUUAUUUACAUGUUGGUGUACUUAUUAUCUUUCAUGUCCUGUAUAUAUGUAUAACAAUAACUUCAUGCCACCUUUAAAUGAAUCAUUGGUAGUACAUGUCAUGUUGGAUCCUAUAAUCACAGUUUUUCUGGCUCAUCUUUUUGUCCAAAACCUAUUGAGAAAGGAAAAUAUGGGAAAUAGAACCACUUGAUCAGAAUACAACCAAUGGUUUUUAAACAUUGUUAAUUUAUGAUAACUGACUUAUAUUCAAAACACUUAAACCUUGAGGCUUGUGAUCAGAGUUAUUAGCCACCCUUCAUAUGCUGAUAUGAUGCUGGGACCAGAAGAUAAAAGUGAUACCUAAAGGGUUAAUGUGCAACGUUAUUUUUUGACCUUGGGCAUAAUUUGAUGUUUUCAAUGUUC